AGUUUAAAUGAGAGGAGGAAGAGGAGCAGGCCAACGAGGAAGAGGAGGAGGCCAACAUGGGAGAGGAGAAGGUCCAGGAGGGAGAGCAAGACAACCCCGCACCAUCAUUACAGACGAGAUGCGAGCAACAGUCAUUGACCACGUCAUUGUCCAUGGCAUGACAAUGGCUGAAGCAGGACUAAGAGUCCGUCCAAACCUGAGUAGGUUCACCGUGGCCACCAUUAUCAGGGCAUUCAGACAACACAACAGAGUUGAAAGAAUGCCACAUAGAGGUGGGAGGGUUGCCAUAUUUACAGCCGCACAAGAAACCCUCAUUGUGGAUAUGGUUCGUGGGAACAACCUCAUCAGACUCCGGGAGAUCAGAGACAAAGUCAUUGCCGAUAAUGUCAACUUUGAGAGCACUGACGAUGUCAGCUUGGCCACAAUAGACCGAGUUCUCCAGCGCCAAAAGACGCGGAUGAAACAGGUCUAUAGGGUUCCCUUUGAGCGCAACUCUGCGCGACACAAAGACCUACGUUAUGAGUAUGUGCAAAGGAUAUUACAGUUGGACGCGAUGGCCAGACCUCAUGAGUACCUCUUCCUGAAUGAGGCUGGCUUCAACCUGCAGAAACGAAGGCAAAGAGGCCGUAACAUCAUUGGCCAAAGAGCCAUCACUGAGGUCCCUGGCCAACGGGGGGGUAAUAUUACCCUUUGUGCGGCCAUGGGUUCGGAGGGGCUUGUCCACCGGCAUGCUGUCCUUGGGUCUUACAACACCCAACGUCUCCUCACCUUCCUAGAGGAGCUAAAAGACAUCCUCCUGGACCGCCAACAACCCCGAACAAACCAAAUCAGAGAGUGGUUCACCACCAACAGUGACCACUUUUUAAACGUCUGUCUGCCACCCUACUCCCCUUUCCUGAACCCUAUAGAGGAGUUCUUCUCAUCGUGGAGAUGGAAGGUUUAUGACAGACAACCAUACACAAGAAAGAACCUCCUAAGGGCAAUGGAGCUGGCCUGUGUUGACAUCCCAGCGGAGGCCUUCCAAGGAUGUGCCUAG